GACAAAGACAGAUUGGAAAUAUGGUGCAAGUGUCUCUGUCUGAGCAGCCAAGGGUUGAAAGAGCACAUGUGCAUGAGAAACAAAAUGAGGAUGGAGUGGAUUUUAGUUUUACAGCAGAGCGCCAAAACAAGGAAAAGGAUCAGAAGACACCAGAUGUGUCUCCUGGAGAAAGUGAAGUUGAGCAGUUGGCCCAGAACACCACAAAGAAUGUUGAUGAUACUAAAUCUGACAUGAGUACAUGCAGGGAAUUGGCUGCUGAAGACACUUUUGAAAAUACUCCGGCACCGAAGGGAUGGGUGAUCGGCCCGUUGUUUCAGUCAUUCAAAUCGAAGAUGGCCAGUUUCACAGAGAUAGUAAUGAGCCCCGUCAAACUCUUCAGAACCAACAGUCCUCCGCCAUCCAUGCCCCACCCGGACAAACUCAGUGAGUGUGAGCUACAAGUCGCUGAAACAACUGAUGCUGAACACUCAGAGCCAAGCAAUACGUUUCAUUCAGGACAAAGCGAGGACAGGAAUCAGGGUACUACAACUGUUUCGCAGAGGCUCAGUGAUGUAGGAGGUGCACAUGAUACAGAAACUUUUCUUCCCAAAUAUUCUAAAAAAUUAGACUUUGAUGCAGAGUUGUCAACACGCAGUUCUGAACAAACUGCUGAAUGUGCAAUAAAUCAGAAGACUAAAAUCUCACCUGAUUUAGUGCCUUUUACGCACAGUCCCUUACCCUGCAUUGUUUCUGAGCAAGUUUCAGAAACUGUUGGGUCUGCCAUAAAAUCGUCAAUCCUGUUACGGUCCACUGCCGAUGUAAGUGCCUCAAAUAUACCCAAGUUAAAUUUGUCCAGUGCUGUGGAGGACCAGAAGAACAAGGUGGCUUCCCGGCUGAAAAUACCACCCAAAAGACGUACAGGGAAUAGAUCUGAAUUCAAAAAAGUUAACUCAAGGACUCUUAUGUCUGAAGACAUAAAGGAGGAAUCUGACUCAGAGGUCAGUGACAGGCAGCUUUCUCACCAGUACUCUGUUAAAUCAAACAACGGUGACUCAGACAAAAUACUGUCUUUGUCUUCUUCAAUCUAUUAUGCUCAGCCUGACUCAGACGGUCUUCAGCCUAAUGACAGUGAUGGUGAUGCUGGGAACAUGGAGAGUUGCAGCUUGGUUCAACAAAGCCUCUAUCACAACAUUAGUGACGGUGCUACUAAAAGGACACUGGAGCCUACUGUGGAUACACUGCAGCUGGAGUGUCAACUAAUCCCUGAAACAUGCUCAGGUACAGGCUCUGAGAGAGCAAAGAGGGCGAUGAAACCGAACUGUAAUUCCCAAGAUUCUUCAAUAAGUAAAAGAUUGAAAGCAAAUCCCGAGGAUACAAAAAAUGAAGCGUUAUUAAACAUAACUUCAGAUACUGGCAGAAGGAGAGAGCUAAGACCACCAAGAAAGGAGGCCGUGCUGAUAAAUACCAAUAGAGAUGGGGAAGAAACUCUGAAACCUUCUAGAACAAGACAGGCCACUUCAACAAAAACAAAUAGGAAAGGAAAAGGUAGACAAGAAAUGCUUGCUACAAUAAAUGAAGCAGCCCUACACAUGCAGACUGAAAGUUCCCCUGAUGCCAUGUUGGUUUGCUCGCUGGAUAAAAGCAGUGGUGUGUCGGAGGACAUCCAAAAGGGCUGCAGCAGCAAAGUGAAGCCUAGCAGUACAUGCAAAAGACUGAAGACGAGCACAGUUCUGAGUAAAGCUGAUGUGAACUUUGACAACGGCAUGGAUGUGGAGACAACUGUGGCAAUCACGUCUACUAAACAAGCUGAGGAGGAACCCUUACCUGAAGUUCUUGUCCGUCCUGAUAUAAAGCAGCUGCAGGGCAAGUGCAGGAAUAUGAACAAAAAGCCACUAAAACGGAAAUCGCCAGACCAAGCGAGCCCCAUGACUGAACCAGACAGCACUUCGAUGUCAGACACAUUAGUGGUAUCAUUGGAGCCAUUAGAACUCACACUUAGAAAUUUGAAUACCUCUGUUGUUCAGAAAGAAGAAAACUCUGCUAGAGGACAGAGCCAGCCGUCCAAGAGACCCAAAAAGGGUCUUAGAGGUGCUGUUCAAUCAUCUAGUGGGACUCAAGAGACAAAGCAGUGUAUCACUAACUCUCGAUUAUUAACCAAAGAAAGUCAGACUAAAGAAAGCAAAGGUAAAGUCUCAACAGACCCUGUAUAUUUUGAAAUGACACCCUUUGAAGAUAUUCCCAAACCUGUUCCUUCAUCCUCCAAACCUCUUCUGGACUCUUAUGGACAAUUAUACAAUGAAGACAAGAAUUUUACAGAUGGACAAGCAAAUUGUGGUGCUGAUGAAAUAUUUCUUACAGACUGUGAAGUUAGUAGCAAUAGCAGCAUCAGUCUCUCUAGGCUAAGGUCUAGCACAAGAAGAGUUAACAUUAAGGCGAGGCGAGAUAACCAAAGGAGGAAGUGCAGGGUUUUGCAUAGUAGGACGCGUAAAGUUGAAGAGAUGACAAAAUCUGUCACUAUGGAGGAUGCAGAUCUGGCUACAUUAAGUGUACACUCAUUAGGAAAUGGGUUUUCGAUGCGCCUCUUGCGCAGCUACUCUUGCCCAGAGAUCCCCUCUCUCUGUCACCAUGACAUGCCCUUGACUUCCUCUGUGCAUUCACCACAUCACAGCAGGACUCCCACUUCCCACCACCACCAGUCCUCCCACAAUUCCUUUGUCUCUCACGCUCACAAAUCCCUGCGGCGGGCUCGUCGACACACAGUCUGCAGCGUGGAGGUGGAGAGGGAGAUCGCUCCUCUGUGUCUUCGGAAGGAGGUGUAUCCGUCCAGAAGAUCUGCCCCAUACGACCCCCUCACCCAGCACCUGUCUCCCAGUCUUGCACUUUCCCCAAGUACGUCCCUUUCAGCGCUCGCUUCCUGCUUCCUCUCAAGCCCCCUGGCUUUCCUUUCCAAGAAAGUUGACGGCAGAGGAGCUGCUGCCAGCAGUCCCAGCACUUCCAGUCAUGUUUCCUCUCCCUCCUCCUCCUCCUCUUUGGCAUUCCCAUUGAGCUCCUCCUUGUGGCACCUUCCAGGAUUUAAUGCAAGAACUGACUCCUCUGGUGGGACUUUGGAUUCUAAUGGCAGUGGGAAUCGAUUGGAGUGUGAGAUUGAGAGGAGACACCAGAGUGAGGAAGAGGAGGAUGAUGGCGAGGACACAAGCUCCUCCAGUCAGGAGUUUGAAGACGUUGGACUGAGAGAGGAAAAGGCUCUGUCUGACUCUGAAAUCAAGGUGGUGAAAAAGCACGAGGAACGAGGGAAGGUGUCGUCUAUCAGAAUUCGCAAAACUUUACCCAAACCUCAGACCAACCUGACGCCCAUGGGCCUGCCCAAACCAAUCAGGCUGAAAAAGAAGGAGUUUAGUUUGGAAGAAAUCUACACCAAUAAGAAUUUCAGCAAACCACCUGAAAGCCGGCUGGAAACCAUAUUCGAGGUGCCUCUCAAUCGCAGGAACGGUUCUGAGUCCUGGUUUGGCCAGAGGCGUGUCAAGCGAUUUUUGGAGUUCCUGGAGGUUGGUGAGGCCAGAAAACCAAAGAAGCCUCUUCUCGGGAUUGGAAAAGCAGGUAUUACCUCCUCCAGGACGAGAAGAGGGGGCUUCCCUAAAGACGAACCGUCCCUCAGCGCGCAAGAUAUGGACUCACUGCUCUGCGCGAAGCUUGAUCAGCUGAAUUUGUGGUUGAUACACGAUCAGAAAGACAGUUGACAGAUGCCUCUUAAAUGUCGACUGUUUGGCAGCCUUUAAAAACAGUUUGUUUCAACAUGAAGAUUCACAUGUGAGUCUUCCAGCUCUUUUUUUUUUUUUUUGUAUCAGCACAAUCGGUGUAUAAAUGUUGUGGUGACAAGUUCAGUUGAAGAAUUACUUUUUCAUUCUGUAGCAUUUGUAGCCUGCAAGUUGAAGAACAGUACAUCAUAGCAUCAUAAAUGUAUUGCCUCAUAGAAGUUUGUUCUGAACAUAGUGGUAAAAUGCUUUAUACAUGUAUACUAGUAAGUCGCUUUUUCAUUUAUAUACAACCUUUGCCGUCCGUUUCUCCCCUCAGCUACUUCCCUUUUUCAAUAACAGAAAAAAAAGUUGAUAUUCUUCUUUUAAGCACUUGUAUAGUAUAGCAUCAUUUCCGUAUUUUAAAUCUCAGACCAGUUUCGACAACUCUACACAACCUGCCUGUGAGGGUGAGUCAAGAUGAAAUUCUGCUGCAGUAAGUUUUUUUUUUUCCCCAAAAUGAUAAUACAGAUUGUAUCUGAUUUGUGUUGCACUCUCUGUUUGGAAACAAGGCAGGGUGUCAUGCUACUAGCAGUGACCUUGCAGUAUCAUUUUGAGUUGUUAAUAGAGGCAGCUAUUUUUUAUUAAAUGCUGAAUAGAACUUUUAAACGUGCCAGCAAGAGAUUUGUAACCACUGAAACUAAUUUCACAAAGUUUCUGUCCAAGAAAUUUGUGUACAAUCAAGUGCAUCUGCAAAUGGCUUGGACUGUGUAAAUCAUUUUACUCAGCUCAGGACAGGGCCUUUUCAAUUAGUCACUUAUUUAUGUUUGUAAUUUUGUGGCUAUAGAGGUUUUGUUUCCUAAAAUAUAACAUGAAAACCAUAAGGCACUCCAGGGAGCAUUUCUAAUCAGUGGAAGUGUCCACUGCUGUUUCUUUGUUUAACCUGUGGUUCUCUCUGAAUUGUUCUGUGGGGUGACUUCUUGUUAAACUACCUAUCUAUGUAUUUUUUUUGUGGGGAAAGGGGGAUUUUUUUGCCAAACAUUAAUGAGGUUGCCUUAACUGUAAAAUUUGCUGGCACAUUUGUAAUUGUCGCUGUGUUUUUGUUUGUUUGUUUGUUUUUUUAUGAGGGCAUGUCAAAAUGCUUCAAGCAACUCAGAGCACAAACGUUUUUUGUCAUUUUAUUAUAAAAUUGUUUAUAUGUUUGUAUAAAAGUACAACAUAUGGAUACAUUUGACAAUAUUAAAGCUGAUACGGUAACAAUGCAAUAAAGCCAAGAUAAUGUUGGCACAACAAGCGCAGCUUCUUGUAACGUCCUGGUGAAGCACUGCCACGAUCACUGCCAUGCCAUUUUAUUUCCAGCAGAGACCCAAUCCUUGAUAAAUACAGGUAUGCCGUUACAGUAUAGAUUCACAGACUGACUAAUUUAUUAACUUUUGUAGUAUCCACAAGUAUAUACAAUAACUAAGAAUGACUAUUUGUUAAACUGUAAUGUCAGAAAUAUUAAGGAUUGGGUCAUUUCUGGAGGAUGACAGGCCUAAUCUUUAAUAUACAUUAUGUAUAUGUGUCUUGUCGUGUCAUGUUUCAGACUAUAGGCAAUGCUGGAUUUUAUAUGUUCAUUUAAAUUUGGAAUUGUGCAUAUGUUCAUAUAUUGUUGAAUAAAUAUUACAGCGUAUAAAAAAUGUAAAA